AUGAUCUUUCUAUUACCUUGCGAGCGAUCUUCGUUGAGCGUUGCCACAACUGCCUAUGAUGUAGAACUCGAACCUGUUUUGCUUACGGGCGAAAAACCAUCUAGCCAGCCGCCACAAUUUCAUUCGCAGUUGAUUGGAUUCCGCUUUGAGUCAUCCGGUACAAACGUACCCAAGAUACCAGAAGCACUGGACUCCAUUCGUUGGAAGUGGCAACCGCGUUCGUCAUGGGAUUCCGAUGCCAACACAAUUGCGCAGCAACUGAUUGACGAGAGUGAAAGGUACUUUCCUCUUGUUCAAUUCGAGGACUGGGUGCAAGAAGCAAGGGAUCGCUCAUCACCUAUUGUCAAGGCGCUUGAGUCUAAGUAUGAUGGGCUAAGCGUGAUUCUGUAUUACUACCUCAGAAGGCACUUGAACGAGUUUGAGAAGUAUCUAGGCUUGACAAAUACUUUAGAGAAAUUUACCGCAGACCCCUUUCUGUCCGGAGCGGUGUAUCAUGCGUGUGAAUGCGUUUGUAAUCGGCGAUACACGGAAUACAACAUUGAUGCUCGAUUUAUCACGGAUCCGAUAAAAGCAGUCCUCUCAAAAGACAACCCGAUCGCCCUUAUCCAUUGCCAACUUGAAGCUCUGGCCGUACGCUUCCGAAAUUUCUACAGAAGUCCAGAAGUUGUCUGUUCGCAAGACUUCAAUACUCAAACUGCAUUUCUUGACAAACUCUACCACACGGAGCUGGAGGAACUGGAGGCACUGGCAGCAGAGCUUACGGCAGCAGCUCUUUCCCUCUUUCAGGAGCUCACCGUCGAAAUGGUGAAGAAGGGUAGCGGCGACCCUUUGACAGCUCUGAAUAGGUGGUGGAACAGUAUUUGCCGAGCAGCAGAGGAAUGCUCAGCUACUGAACCGGCUUUGUAUCUAAAGUUGGAUCAAUUGGCGCUGAAAUUUUAUCGCCUGCGCGAUUUUUACUCGUUCACUGGGCUCCUUCAGGGCAUACGUUUAAGCGGAAGGCGCCCAGAAGUGCUGCGAACACUUGGCCAUUUGAUAGAUUCAGGGGAAAACUAUCGGCUGUAUAGGCAGAAUAUCGAUUCAGACGCUGCACUUCACUUUCUUCUGCCCUUCGUGAAGCUUCAGUCCCAAGAGUCUACGGCUACGUUACAAAUCGUGUCCGCUGCUCAGAAAUAUGCUCUGCGAAAUACGUCGAACAAAGCUUCACAACGUCUUCUCUCAUUCUUGAUUCCUCUAUGUUUCUGUGUCUAG